AUGAAACAACUAACCUUCCUCAUAAUCGGGGCUGGGUCACGCGGGUCCGCCUACGCCCGCGCAAUAACAACCUCCACCCCCGCACGCAUAGGUGCAGUCGCAGAGCCAGACCCGUUUAAGCGGCGCGUUCUCGGCGAGAGAUAUAUCUGGGGUGAGAGCUCGCCAGAAUCAUCACAAGAGUUCGAUGGGUGGGAGAGCUGGAUUAGCUAUGAGACUGAGCGGCGACGGCGAAAGCAAGCGGGGGAAGAGGUAGAGGGAGGGGUUGACGGUGUGCUUAUCUGCAGCCUCGACGAAACACACAUUGCUGUCUUGAAGGCGAUCGCGAAAGCAGACCUGUUGGACUUGCAUGUCCUCUGCGAGAAACCGCUGGCGUUAUCGCUGGAUGACUGUCUGAGUGUGUACGCUGCCUACACUCACACCAACUCGGAAGGAGCUUCGAAAGGCAGGGGGAAACCGAGGAGCAUCUUCUCGAUUGGCCAUGUCCUCCGCUACAGCCCGCAUAACACCUUUCUACGACGGCUAGUGCGUGAAGAAAAAGUCAUUGGGGACAUCGUCUCCGUCGAACACACCGAGCCCGUCGGACACUGGCACUUUGCACACAGCUACGUGCGCGGGAACUGGCGCCGGGAAACGGAAAACGGAGAUGGAAGUCUCCUGACGAAGAGUUGUCACGAUGUUGACUUUCUGAUGUGGCUUGUUGAAGGGGCGCUUACAUCCCCCACCUCAGACGGUGACGAGGAGAAGAAGUUGAGGCUCCGAACUGUCUCGUCAACAGGCUACCUCACGCAGUUCACGCCCUCCCAGAAACCACCCGCCGCGGGCUCCGCGACAAACUGCGCAUCCUGCCCUAUGGAGCGGGACUGCACGUACUCCGCCAUCCGGAUCUACCGCGAUAACCAGCUCCGAAAGGGCGAGACAAGGUGGCCCGUUAACAUUGUCUGCGCUGAUAUAGAAGAUUACCUGCCGCCGGGAUACGGGAAGUACAACGCCGACGGCACGCACAAGGAAACGAGCGGGGAAGGGGACAUAUCAGCCGCGGAGUCGCAUCUCCUUUCAACGCUAAAGCAAGACUAUGAUGAGAAUACACCCGACGAAGUCAUCAAGAAGAGGCCAUGGUACGGCCGCUGUGUCUGGGAAUCGGAUAACGAUGUCAUGGAUGACCAGUUCGUCACGCUUGCUUGGGAUGUCCUCCCCCCAGCACCACCAUCCCAAUCUAAACCUAAGAAGAACGCAAGAGGGCCCGGCAUAACAGCAACCCUGCACAUGAUCGCCCCAACGCAAGCGCAAUGUAUUCGACGAGGCCGGAUCUACGGCACAGCGGGUGAAAUCACGUACACCUCGUCGACUAUAACGAUAUAUACGUUUGCCGACAAUCAGACCCGGGUUAUUGAGAUCCCCAAGCAGCCGCCCGAGGAGGAAGAGGCGCAUGGGGGUGGGGACUAUGGACUUGCCAGGGGCUUCGUGGGUGCUGUUGAGAAGGUUGUGAAUGAGGGGUGGGAUGUUGGGAGGGCGCAGAGGGCGUUUGUGGGGUGUACGCUCGAGGAUGUGAUCAAGAGUCAUGGGGUUGUUUUCGCGGCAGAGGAGAGUCGACGGGAGGAAGGGGUUGUUAGGUGGGGAGAGUGGUGGGAGGGGAAGUUGGCGGGAGUUGGAUUGUAG